CACACUCUCCCUAUUAUAAGACCCUCUCAAACCCUAAAUCUUCAUCCUCUUCAUCUUUUCCGCCCCCUUUCAGAAAACCCUAACCCCAGAAAAAAAACCCAGAAUCCGAAGAUGAAGCACAACCCCAGAGUCUCCAGCUCUCGCCGGAAAUGCCGCAAGGCCCAUUUCACGGCCCCUUCAAGCGUUCGCCGCGUCAUCAUGAGCGCACCUCUCUCCGGCGACCUCCGCAGCAAGUACAACGUCCGAUCAAUGCCGGUUCGCAAAGACGACGAGGUCCAGGUUGUUCGUGGUACCUUCAAGGGUCGUGAGGGUAAAGUUGUCCAAGUUUACAGGAAGAAAUGGGUGAUUCACAUUGAGAGGAUUACUCGUGAGAAGGUUAAUGGAUCGACUGUUAAUGUCGGAAUCCACCCUUCAAAGGUUGUGAUUACGAAGCUGAGGUUGGACAAAGACAGGAAGUCUCUGUUGGAUCGCAAGGCUAAGGGUAGGGCUGCUGCUGAUAAGGAUAAGGGUACCAAGUUCAGUGCUGAGGAUAUUAUGCAGAGUGUUGAUUAAACUUCAUUUUGAGAGGAGAGAGAAUUUGAGAGAGGUAAUGGAAAUCAAAGGGUGUUUUUGCUCUUUUGGUUUUUGUUUUUGUUAAUUUCUGUUGUUUUUUUUUUUUUGGAACUUUUAUCAAGUUAGUAUUAUUAUGUUAUAAGAAGAUUUUGGAUCUAAAUUUAUGGCUGCUUAGUUUAUUAAUUAGGGUUUUUGUUGAACCUCUCGAUUUUCUCUGAUUUAUGCGAUAUAUUUCUACGUUCUAAUUACUGUUA